UCCUCUUUAAUUCUCUCUUUCUUUCUCUUCUCUUUCUCAGUUUCUCCGCUCCAUCUCAGCAGCGCGUAACUAGUACGCACUACCCAGAAGAAGGCUCGACCUUCAGCAACCCAUCUAUGCAACCAUGGCUCGACGACAUCACGGACGACUUGCAGAGCAUGAGCUUCAACUCCACCACUACCGCCACAGAAAUCAAUCGUAGCACAAGCUCCGGCUCCGAGACCACCUGGACUGCAUCCAGUUUUUCCUCUAUUCCCUCCAAGCCUCACGCCCCUUCCGGUGACCCUUGCUGGGACGGGAUUCGGCGGGUCAGAUCGGAAUCUCCUUCCGGCGUUCUGGGUCUCGGCGACUUACGAUUCGUUCAAAAGCUAGGGAGCGGUGAUAUCGGGUCCGUAUACCUAGCGGAGCUAAAGGGCGCCUCUGGUUGUACCUUCGCAGCGAAGGUUAUGGAUAAGAAGGAACUCGAGAGUCGAAACAAGGAAGGCAGGGCCAGGACCGAAAGGGAAAUAUUGGAGUUAUUGGAUCAUCCAUUUUUGCCCACUCUUUAUGUGAGCUUAGAGUCCACCAAGUGGUCUUGCUUAUUGACGGAAUUCUGCCCCGGCGGCGAUCUUCACGUUCUCCGGCAACGCCAGCCCGGCAAACGAUUCGACGAAGCGGCCGUCAGAUUCUACGCAUCGGAGGUUGUGGUGGCUCUAGAAUACGUCCACAUGAUGGGGAUCGUGUACAGGGAUCUGAAGCCCGAGAACGUGCUUGUUAGAUCUGACGGUCAUAUCAUGCUCACCGAUUUCGAUCUCUCACUAAAAUGUGAUGAUUCGACAUCAACGGCACAGCUUGUUUCCGAAAAGAAUUCACCGGCCGUACCCCCGAAGAUUGAGCCACCAACAUUCGCCGCCGCCUCAUGCAUCCUUCCAAACUGUAUCGUCCCGGCGGUUUCCUGCUUCAACCCGAAACGGAAGCGGAAGAAGAAACAAAAUCACCGUGGUGGACCAGAGUUUGUGGCGGAGCCGAUCGAUGUGAGGUCGAUGUCGUUCGUAGGAACACAUGAGUACUUGGCACCGGAGAUCGUGUCGGGUGAGGGCCAUGGAAGCGCUGUAGAUUGGUGGACGUUGGGAAUAUUUAUAUUCGAGUUGUUGUUUGGGGUUACACCUUUUAGAGGGAUAGACAACGAGUUAACACUAGCGAACAUCGUGGCCCGAGCACUCGAGAUCCCUAAAGAGCCGGCCAUAGCAGGGUCAGCUAAGGAUCUAAUCACUCAAUUGCUGGUGAAGGAUCCAGCGAGGCGGUUGGGUUCCACCAUGGGUGCCACAGCGAUCAAGCAUCAUCCCUUCUUUAAUGGCGUAAACUGGGCAUUGUUAAGGUGCACGACGCCGCCCUGCAUACCCCCACCCUUCACUUGCAGGGAUAUUUCCGACGAAAGCGGCCCUGAAACUCCAGUGGAGUACUAUUAGUUGAAUAGUUAGACAGAGAGAGAGAGAGAGAGGG